UUGUUGAAGAUCUUCUCAGGGAGUGAACCUGGUGGGAUGGAUCAGAUUCUGUAUGAGAUGAGGUCCAAAGCCUUAUGCCGUCUUCAGUCCUACUGGCUGCCCCAGUACCUCUGCUCCUGUAAGCUCUCCAUCACCAAACUGAAAGAGUGUGCCUCCAUCGCCAAAGAGUACGAGGACAUUGCCUCUAACCUCACCCUGGUAGAGAUCCCAGCUCUGCUUGACCCACUGGGGUGGAGUCUGGGCUCGCCACCAUCAGAGGGCCCUACAGUGACCCGGACCUACUGCUCCAAAGUCAGGAAGAGGCUGCUGUGGAGGGCCCAUCAGAGGCCUGGGACAGGACUUAGGGUUGGGGCAGCAGGGAUGCCCGAUGGGCCGGCCAUGCAGCAGUGGUUGCCCAUGGCCGGGGACGGAGACCAGGGAGAGUGUACCAAUAUUGUGCACCUCAUGAGCAGGCAUGGGGAGGAGAUUGUGGUCAGUGGGGACAAGACACAUGGGGGCAAUGGCAAAAGGGAGGGCAGAAGCAAGAGAGGAGGAAGUGGGAGCUCAAAGAUAAGUACCAGUACUCCACUCCUCAGAAAGGUGAGCUCUGCUAGUCUUGGGCACAGAACUGCACCCCUCCCUGUCGUGCCCAUACUCCCCUCCAAGAGCCUGUCCAAUCUGGACAGCAGCAGCACUGACCCCAAUCCCCCUCAUGCCUGUAUGGAGACCCCCAUCUGCCACCUUCCCUCCAUCACCACCACCCCUGUCACCUCUACUCCCGAUCCGCCUUCCAGACCGGUCUGGGGAACACCACACUAUGAUGAGCACCUCUCCCUGGCCCUGUCCGCUGAUGCUCUUGCUGGGGGUCCCUAUGAGAAUUUCCUGAGGGUCAGUGGCCAGAGGGUCAUGCUGCACCACCUGGGACUGUGGCAGGAGCUGGAUGGCUUCCUCAACCUCCUGCUCAAGAUGGAGGAUGGCCCCUCCAAGGCUCUGAGACAGGUGCUGGCUAGAAAGAUCAUGGCUGUGUACUUGAGUGAUGCGUGGCAGUGUGUUAGUCGCCCUGAGGGUGAGUGGUGCACCACCUACCUGACCAAAUCCACCGUCUGCCACCUCAUAAACCUCCUCCCCUCUGGCAAUGUGAUGCCCUGGAUCUACACGGCUAAGCAGGAACUGUGCCAGAUUCUGGGUCCAGCCUACAAUGCAUUUCUGGAUGAAGAAGACAAAGUCAUUCUCUUCUAUCUGUUCACUCAGAAUGAGGUCAAGGGGAAAGUGAGUCGUAGAGCUACAGCGCCCUCCAGUGCUCCCACUGCGCCAGAGCAGCAGGUGAGGAGGAUGAGGGAGGCUCUAGCUCUCUGUCAGGCCUGCGCUGAGCCUCUCACUGAGGAGACCUGGGCCCUGCUGCCCCUAGAGGACGUCAGGACAGGAGGCUCUGUUCACCUGCACUACAGAAAGACCAAUCUUUAUGACCUUCCGUUUGAAACCCUGGCUGAGAAGUACCCCAAGGUGGCUGUGGAGGCAAUCAGUAAAACUCACAGACUCUACUAUGACUGGAAGCCAGUACAAGAGGAGACAAAGAAGCCAGUGGUGACAUCCAGUCCCAAGAAGUCAUUCCACCUGAUGAAGGACAAGGACCACAGCUUUGCCGAAAAACCCUCCAUGAGACCAAGGUUUUUAGAGGAGGUGAUGAGAAGUCCCACCAACCUGGACUUCUUCAAGCGUUACCUGAGGGCCUAUGAUGCUCACGGAGCUCUGAACUUCUACCACGAGGUGGACAAACUGCGGCACGUCGACAGCCUCCUCCAGAAGACCAAGAUCAACAGCAUCGUGUCCCGCUUCCUCAGACGAGCAGACGCUAAGGAUUAUCUUCAGUGCAGCGCCAACCUCAUCUCUCAGAUCCCCAAGAUGAGAUAUGUUUCUCCAGACAUCAUUUUUGCAGCUCAGGAUCUGGUUAUCAAAUCUCUGGAGGCAACCUGGUUCAAAAAGUACCAAGAGACCUUUCCUCCUUGUACCAAUGUUACUGACACCAGCACAAGAACCAUCGUCCUUACAAACAAACUAAAACAUGUGUGGAGCGUCUUCUCCGGGUUCAUCAAAAGCAUCUGUAAAUUCCGACAUGCCAUGAAGGACAAUCUGACCAGAAGCAAGUUUGAGGGCUACCUCAGACACAACUGGCAAGACUUCUCUCUACGGUACAUGCCAUCAAUGGGAAGCCGGCAAAUUGAAUCCGUUGACCUGUCCUCGGAGGAGGUAGACUCGUCCCACUUGAAGAGGCGAGUCAUCAACCACAAACUGAUAACAGUGGAGUUUCUUGUUAACGAUCUGUCGUUCUACCUGGAGACAGAGAGUUUCAGGAACAUGGCAGACUCGGGCACUAUGAUGGCGUCUGCGGGCAUGUAUGGGGAGAAUGACAAUGCUCUGCUACACCAGAAAGCAGAGAUGAUCAUCAAGCUCUUUCUCAAGUCAGAGAUCUCUCCCAAACUGAGGGUUAACAUAGCAGAAACUGCCAGUGAUUCCAUCCAGCAGGCCUUUGCCAUGGGCAAGGUGGACCGAGGGCUCUUCCAUGAAGCCAUCAUGGCUGUCUUCCCUAACCUCAUCUUCUGCUGGAAAAAAUUCUGUAGCCAAAAGGUGAAAAAAGGUAUAGUCGGAGAUAAUUCUAAGAAAGAAGACUCCACCGAGCUUCAUGACUACCUCCAUCCCUUCAACUCUGACUGGUACCGGAAGGUACAAACUACCAUGUCCAUGAUGGACGAUUACACCACCCUUAGGUUUACUGUGCAUGAUGGUCUCAAUCUGGUCCUCCCUCAAACCAGACUAGAAUUGUGUGCCAGUGUUCUCAGCCCUGCCAAGAGCUCCAUGGCUAGGCGGAGAUCUGUCUCUACGCCUGCCUCCUCCGAAUUUCCACAACUGGAGGUGUCCAACCAACGCAGAAGGUCUAUUGGUCCCCUUCUCAGUCCUCAAACAUCUCUGCCUCAUUCUGACCUUACCCACUCAUCUUCGGGAUCCUUGCUCUCAAAAAUCAAGGAGGACUAGUCUUAUCUUUUGAUAAUACAAAUAAAGACCAUAUAUUUUCUAUGUAAAAGUUGCAUCAAGUGUAUUUCCUUCAAACGGAUAGUCAGGACAAGUCAGCACAAACAACCACAGUACAGAUGUGAAUGUGGAAAGCCUUUUUUAAACAUGUCUGAUCAUUCACCAGAAGGGGGAACCACUGACCAAUACGGAACACUGCUAGCAGCUCUAUUAUGGUGACAUA